AUGCCGGAGUGGAGCUGCCUGGUGACAGGAGCAGGAGGGUUUCUAGGCCAGAGGAUCAUCCGCUUGUUGGCUCAGGAGAAGGAGCUGCAGGAGAUCAGGGCCUUGUUCAGGUCUUUCACUCCAAAACACAGGGAGGAAUUAUCCAAGCUGCAGACAAAAGCCAAGGUGGCAGUGCUAAAGGGAGACAUUCUGGAUGCCCAGUGCCUGAGGAGAGCCUGCCAGGGCAUCUCUGUUGUCAUCCACACUGCUGCCUCCCUUGACAUCUUGGGUGCCAUUCCCAGACAGACCAUCCUGGAUAUCAACCUGAAAGGUACUCAGCUCCUGUUGGAUGCUUGUGUGGAUGCCAGUGUCCCAGUCUUCAUCUACAGCAGCUCAGUGGCUGUGGCUGGACCAAACACCUACAAGGAGAUCAUCCAGAAUGGAUGUGAGGAAGAGAAUCAUGAGAGCAGAUGGUCUCAUCCAUACCCAUACAGCAAAAAGAUGGCUGAGAAGGCAGUGCUGGCAGCCAGUGGGAGGAGCCUGAGAGAUGGGGGCACUUUGCAUACUUGUGCCUUAAGACUCCCAUUCAUCUAUGGGGAAGGGAGCCAACACAUUUCAUAUGUAGUGAAUAGAGCACUCAAGAAUAAUGGCAUACUUGACAGUUUUGCCAAAUUCUCUGUGAUCAACCCAGUAUUUGUGAGUAAUGCAGCCUGGGCACACAUUCUGGCAGCCAGGGGCCUACAAGACCCCAACAAGGCACCAAACAUCCAAGGUCAGUUCCACUACAUCUCAGAUGAAACCCCUCACCAAAGCUUUGUUGAUUUACAUUACACCCUGAGCAAGGACUGGGGCCUCCGCCUUGAUUCCAGUUGGAGCCUUCCUCUGCCCAUGCUCUACUGGCUUGCCUUCCUGCUGGAAACUGUGAGCUUCCUGCUGCGUCCAAUCUACAAUUACCGGCCUCCUUUUAACCGCUGCUUGGUCACAAUGUCAAAUAAUGUGUUCACCUUCUCCUACAAGAAAGCUCAGCGAGAUCUGGACUAUGAGCCACUUGUCAGCUGGGAGGAAGCCAGAGAGAAAACUUCUCAGUGGAUUGGGUCACUAGUGGAGCAGCACAAGGGGACACUGAACACAAAGUCUCAGUGA